CCUCUCAGGUCCUUCUGAAGUCCUGUGUAUCUUUGGUAUUCUCGGUGCUCUUCCUGCCAGAUGUGAAGACAUCUUCCAUACACAAUUUAGAUCACUUGCUUUUGAAAAUAGGCUGUUGGUGAAACAGCAGCUUUUCCAAAUAUCAGUCUUGCUUGGUCAGCCUUCUUCAAAGCUCUCCUUGUUUACAUCUCUGCUCUCGACUUGAUAGGGAGUGGAAAAACCUCUGUCCAUAACCAAGAAGUUUCCAGACCUGGCAUUUUGAUAUGGUGGAAUUGAACCUUCUAGUUUUCUUCUCUCCUUUAACCAAAACAUUCCAUCUUUUUUAUUUUUUUUUCUUUUGCAUUGGCCAUGUGUUGGUAACAGUGGAUGAAAUGCAGACUGCUGAAUUUUGGCAGCUGUCAGGUGGCAGAGUUUCCAGUAGCUGACUAUCAGUAUGAGGGAUGGAUUGUCCAGUCUUCUAAGCUGAGGCUGAGGUUGGGAGAAUGUCCUUAGAUUUGCAGGGUCUCUCCCACUUUGCAUGUGAUAAAAGUACAUGAAGAAUCACUGUGCUCUGUUCUGUGAUUUAGAGCUUUUGCAGAAUGUGGGUCAUUUUCCCCUAUUCAUCUUCCCCAGAAAUCUCUGAUAACAUUAGAAGAAAAUAUGCUUCAGAACCAAUUCCCUCCCUUGACAGUAAAUAUUUUCUGAAGGAGCCAGGGAUGCUUCAGGUAAGUUGCUGCUACCUAAAGAAGAUGCAUCUGAAAUGCAGUUGUACCUUUAUACAUCUUUAGUUACGGUAUCUUCAUUUUGGAUUGACCAAAUGUGCCUGGAUUUGGAGUUGGAUUUGAUGAUCCUUAUGGGUGCCCUCAAGUUUGAAAUACUCUUUGAUUCCUUUACUGGAUCAGCAGAGCACCACUGCCUCCUCCUGUUCCUAUCUUCUUUCUCCAGACACAGUAUGAGCAAAUAACAGGAAGCACGGAUGAAGGAGGGACCUUAACACAUUUCUCAGAGUGGAUGUGUGGGGAAUUGGGGGUGUGUUCUCAGAGAUAAUGACACAGAUAAAAUGACUCCAUUGCCUUUACCCUGUGGAUCAGGCUGCACAGAGGCAUUCCACGGGGAAUAUGCCCCUGGGGUUGGACAUUCUUGCUGUGUGUUUCUGACUGUGCUGGCCUGCCUGAAACAUGAAGCCACAAAUUUACAUUCAGCAUGCAGGUGGCAAAUGAGGCCUGAAGAACAGCUCUUCAUCAGAGUGUAUGAAGAGGGUUCAGAAGCUGUGGUUGCUCCAUAUUUUUUUCAGCAUUCGGGAUGGAUUGGUGUGCUGGGCCUUGGUGGCUUUGAGCUCUUGAAGAAGAUUCACUGGGUUGUUUGUGCUUAGUCAAGUCUGUUUACACCAGUGUCAAAGUACAUAGGGAUUUGGCCUGUGUUUGAGAGGGCUGUGAAAUCUCUCCCUUGAGAGGAUGGGGCCUAAAGGGUGUGGUUUCCUUCCAGAAGGUGAGGUGAAAUAGCAAUCUGUCAGUCUGGCAUGGACUUGGACUUGAAGUGAGCAGGAAGUUUGUUCCUUGAGUGGAGAGAUGAAAGAUGCCAAUGGAGAGGAACAAGAACUGUCACCAGUGGUGUGUUCGUGCUUCAUGGGGAGGGUGAAGUAAUGGAAAAAUACAUUGGUAAUGGAGAUAAAGAAGAGAGCAUGUGUGUGCUUAAGGACAGUGAAGAACAGGAGGAAGAUGGAAAAAUGUAAGGAAGGAUGGACAGAUGAAUUUCCUGCUAUGUCACACAUGAUCUCACUGUAAACAGAAAGGAAGAAGAUCAAGAAAGGAGGACAUAAAAGGAGUGAGAAGAGAAAGAGAAGGUGCUAUGAAGGUAUUACACAAGAAGGUAAUUAAGAAUGGAAGAUGAGACAGACGAGAAAGAAAACAACAGCGAAGGAGAUGAGCAGUACGAAACGACCUUACCUCAAAUCGCUGGGUGGAGCUGGAUCUCUAGAGCCCCCACCUCGAUUAGAAUAUUCCACGGUCCAACGCUAAUGCCGUGUGGAGUCGAGUUCGUGGAUCCAGCCUGUUUUUCCUGCUGUCUGGCUUCGGAGGCGACUGUCGGUAUAUCAGGAACGGUAAGAAGACAGCAGCGGGAAAAGUCCAAAUGAUAAAAUAUAUAAUGAGCACGAUAAGAAAAAAAGCAAAGGAGAUGGCCAUGACGGAGCGAAGGCACAGGAGAUGCCGCGGAGUGUGACAGGCGGCGGAGGAGCGCACGGUGUCGCUGCAGGCUCAGGAACGGCUCCGUGUGGGCGGCUCCGCCCCGGUGCGGCGGAGAGCCCGGCUGUGAGCGCGGGGGGGCGGCGCGGGCCGGGCAGCAGAGCCGGAGCGUCCGGGCGGCGGCGGGGAGCCGUGCGGGGCCCGGGCCGGGGCUGGCGGCCACAGAGACGGCGGCAACCACAGCGGCGGCGGCAGCUGGAAGGAUGGGCGAGCGUUGUUGCGCGGCGGUGCUGCGGGUGCUGGUGCUGCAGGCGGCCUGGGCGCUGGCGGGCGGGCAGGUGCGCUACUCGGUGCCGGAGGAAGCCAAGGCCGGCACGGUGGUGGGCCGCCUGGCGCAGGACCUGGGCCUGGAGGCGGGCGAGGCGGAGGCGCGGCGGCUGCGGCUGGUGGCGCAGGGCCGGCGGGCGAGCGUGGAGGUGAGCGGGGCGAGCGGCGCGCUGCUGGUGAGCUCGCGGCUCGACCGGGAGGAGCUGUGCGGCAAGAGCGCGCCGUGCGCGCUGCGCCUGGAGGUGCUGCUGGAGCGGCCGCUGCGCGUCUUCCAUGUGCAGCUGGAGGUCACCGACAUCAACGACAAUGCCCCCGUCUUCCCCGCCGCCCGCAGAAACCUCAGCAUCGCGGAACUGACCACUCUGCCGGGGUCUCGUUUCCCGCUGGAGGGCGCGUCGGAUGCGGAUAUCGGAGUGAACGCUCAGCUCUCCUACAUACUCAGCCAUAGCGAGUAUUUUACACUCGAUGUUAAAUCGUCUGAUGAAAACAGGAAGUCUCUGUUUCUGGUACUCGCAAAGUCUUUAGACCGCGAGACUAUUCCCGUGCACCGGUUGGUGCUGACGGCGAGUGACGGGGGCCGGCCGUCUCUGACAGGGACAAUGGAGCUGGUGAUCUCGGUUCUGGAUGCAAACGACAACGCUCCCCGGUUCAACCAGUCUGCGUAUAAAGUGCAGCUGACAGAGAACGCUACAGAGGGGACGCUGAUAGCACGUGUGAAUGCCACGGAUCCGGACGAAGGAAGCAAUAGAGAGUUUUCUUACAGUAUCUUGAGUUCGACUCCUAUGGGUAACAAAGAUCUCUUUAUCAUUGACAGUAAGACGGGCGAGAUCAAACUGAAGGGUUCUUUGGACUUCGAAGACGUUCAUUUACACGAAUUGCAAAUCGAAGCGACGGAUAAAGGGACACCCCCGCUAUCGGGUCAUUGUAGCGUGGAACUGGAGGUGCUGGACGUGAACGACAACGCGCCGGAGGUGUGGGUGACGUCGCUGUCGGUGCCGGUGGCCGAGGACGCGUCGGUGGGGACGGUGGUGGCCCUGCUGAGCGUGUCGGACCGGGACUCGGGGGAGAACGGUCGCGUGCGGUGCUGGGUGUGGCCGGCGUCGCCGUUCGGUCUGGAGGCGACGUUCGCGGGCUCGUACUCGCUGGUGCUGCGCGAGGCGCUGGACCGGGAGCGGGUGUCGGAGUACGAGGUGGAGGUGCGUGCGGAGGACGGCGGGGUGCCGGCGCUGCGCGCCAGCCGCGGGCUGCGGGUGCCGGUGUCGGACGUGAACGACAACGCGCCCGCGUUCGCGCAGGCCGUGUACACGGUGCUGGCGCGGGAGAACAACGCGGCGGGCGCGGAGCUGGCGCGGCUGUGGGCGCGGGACCCGGACGAGGCGGGCAACGGGCGCGUCAGCUACUCGCUGUGGGAGGGCGGCGUGGGCGUGGGCGGCGGAGGCGCCGCGGGGUCGUCGCCGGGCGGCGGGUGGCGUCCGGCGUCGAGCUACGUGUCGGUGGACGCGGAGAGCGGGCGCCUGUGGGCGCUGCAGCCCUUGGACUACGAGGAGCUGCAGGUGCUGCAGUUCGAGGUGCGCGCGGUGGACGCGGGGGAGCCGCCGCUGAGCGGCAACGCCACGGUGCAGCUCUUCGUGCUGGACGAGAACGACAACGCGCCGGCGCUGCUGCCGCCCGCGGGCUCGGCACCGGAGGCGGGCGCCGUGGCGGCAGCGGAGGCGAUGCUGUCGGGGGCGGGCUCGGAGUCGGGCACGCUGUGGGCGUGGGCGGCGUGGGGGGCGCCGGCGGGGCAGGUGGUGGCGAAGAUCCGCGCCGUGGACGCCGACUCGGGCUACAACGCGUGGCUGCGCUACGAGCUGUGGGAGCCGCGGGGCAAGGGCCCGUUCCGCGUGGGGCUCUACAGCGGCGAGGUGAGCACGGCGCGGGCGCUGGACGAGGCGGACGGGCCUCGCCAGAGGCUGCUGAUCGUCGUGCGCGACCACGGCGAGCCGGCGCGCUCGGCCACGGCCACGCUCAGCGUGUCGCUGCUCGAGGCGGCCGAGGCGGCGCUGGCCGCGGGAUCCUCGUCGUCGUCGUCGCUGUCGCGCUCGGCGGCGGCCGCCGAGCUCGGGCCCGGCGCGGCCAGCGCGGCCACCAACGUGUGGCUGGUGGUGGCCAUCUGCGCCGUGUCCAGCCUCUUCCUGCUGGCCGUGGUGCUGUACGGGGCGUCGCGCUGGGCGCCGCGGGCGGCCGUGCUCUCGGGGCCCGGGCCCACCACGCUCGUGUGCGCCAGCGAAGUGGGCAGCUGGUCCUACUCGCAGCGCCACAGCCGCAGCCUGUGCGUGACGGACGGCGCUGCCAAGAGCGACCUCAUGGUUUUCAGCCCCAACUUCCCUCCGCCGCCGCCCUGUUCUACAGCCAAGGACACGCAGCCGGAACCCUCCGCUCUCCUCGACACGCCAAAACACCCCAACCCGGACUGGCGCUACUCUGCAUCCCUGAGGGCAGGAAUGCAAAGUGCUGUGCAUAUGGAGGAGGCAGGAGUCCUGCGUGGAGGAGCAGCAGGGCCUGACCAGCAGUGGCCAACAGUCUCCAGUGCCACAGCAGAGCCUGAGGCGGGAGAGGUGUCCCCCCCAGUGGGAGCUGGUGUGAACAGCAACAGCUGGACCUUUAAAUUCGGACCGGGCAAUUCCAAACAAGGUGGUCCUGGUGAGUUGCCAGACAAAUUCAUUAUCCCAGGAUCUCCUGCAAUCAUCUCCAUCCGGCAGGAGCCACCAAACAGCCAAAUUGACAAAAGUGACUUCAUAACCUUUGGCAAGAAAGAAGAGACCAAGAAAAAGAAGAAAAAGAAGAAGGGAAACAAGACUCAGGAGAAAAAAGAAAAGGGCAACAGCACCACUGAGAACAGUGACCAGUGAGGGAGUUAUACUGAAAAAACCCUCUUAGCCAGUUUUUGUAAUAAUGGCAGAUUUCUCCUAUGUAGCAAAUCCCAACUUCUUCCUACUGUUAACAAAUUUCCUGUAUGUACAGACUUGAGAAAAUCAGCAGGAAAUUCAGUGUCUGUCUAAAUUGCUUAACAGGUUUUGUCUUAAAAGCUUUAUUAAGUCUGGUGUUAACUCUUUUUCUCCACUCUGGCUUGUUUUCAGAAUCUAAAAAGCAGACACAAGUUUCCUUUCUCCUACGCCGAAAAGGAGAAUCUUCACAGUACAGCCAGUGAGAGGUUGGACUCUGCACUGUGGUUCCUGUGCUCCUGUCUUGAUGACACUUACAGGACAGGUUUAUAAGUUUUAAUGUUGUGCACCCUCUAUCUGAUUGGAAAUAUUUGUGUGCAGAUGUCAGCUAGGUGAUAUGAGAUCAGAUUAUAAAAUGCAAGACGAGCUGGUAAUUAUGCAACAGAGGAAACACCUAAUGAACACAAAUGUUCAAAGAUGUUCAGGCUGGGGAGAAAAUGUCUGAAAGGAGAUGAGCAGACUUGUCAAAUCCCAAGAAGUCACUGUGUGGAAAUACUGACUCCUAUACAUGACGUAUUGUACACACUGCUUCAAAUGAAACCUCACAUUUACAGCUCUUUAAGUCACCGUAAAUUCUAUCUCUUUACCAAGCAAGCCAUUGGAAAAAUUGUCCCUUAAAGCCCUGCAUUACCCUGGUAAGGCUAGCCCUCAGAGAGUAACAAGGGCUGGGCUGACAUCCCAGGAAUGUAACUGUGAUGCUGUGUGUCCCUAUCUCCACAUUAUUUUGCACAUUAUGUCUCUGAAAAGGUCAGAGUUUUUCCACGACACUUAUGCAAAAGAGAGAAAAAAAGUAACGUUAACUAUGCUAUUUGUUAUUUGAGAUAUUUAUUUAUAAAGAGAUAUAGCUGUAAAUGUUAAAGAAAUAUGAUGCCCUUUAACCCAAACAGAAGUCAGUCUAGAGCCAUUAUAAAUUACAAUUGCUGCUAUUAAAGUGCUUUAGAAAAAUUGCCUGAACCAUCUGUACCAUAUCGGCCACUUGCCAAUCACAGCUUUAUUCUGUCGGGUGACUUGGGGGCUGCCUCUUGCAUGUAUUAAUAAAUACAAGAGUAUCUUCUCUUUUUUUAUUUUCUUUUUGCAUUAUUCUGCACUUUGAAUACACCUUUGCAAACAAACUGUCCUAAUAGGAAGAAGCAGAAGCAAGCUCCUCACACAGAUGGAUUUACUAACCUGCUAGCUCUGUGCAGUACCUUGGUGUUACCUCCCACACGACCUUUUCUGAUUUUAGUUUUACUUUUCUAUGAGAUUAUGGAUUUCUGACCCUACUAACACUCCUUAUGUAAAAUUCAAGUACUGUAUGUAUGCUGUAUGCUCUUAUAAGAAUCCUGAAAUAUUUAUUCUGUGCUUGUGUAUGUGAAUGUCAAUGCAACUAUUAUUAGAGUGGACUUUAAGCUUUACCGUUGAAUGUAAAUUCAUUAUUUCUUUUUUGUACACUUGUGGAAAAGUGGAGUAGUGUUAAUUUUUUAAGCCACUGUUGAUUAUCAGUUUUUUUUUGUGUAUGAAACACAAGUAAAAUAUCUUUCUUAAACCAA